GCCUUUUUUCGCUACUUGACAGGGGUUGAAAAUUGGGAUCUAAUUCAUUACUCUACAUUACCCCCCGUUCCGAUCAGGGCCUAGGAGAGAUUUUGAGAACUGCGCAACAGAGCUACAACAACAUAAUAAUCCGUGACCUCGGGUGCUAGGAUUUAUCACACCCACCCACCCCCGCAGUCGACCAUCCCACGAACCAACUAUCGCACCUAUUCUUCAGCCAAGAAGGGCUUGGAAGCUCCGGCUGUUCUUUUGAACUUUGCAUCUUUCCUCAGCUCUCUGAUUUUUACCCUUGGAUCGCGUCAGUUCUAGAAGACGAAGUGGCAUUUUGAGGGUCAAGGGGCAGCCAGUCUGGGGAGCGAUCGCGAUGGCAUCCACAAUACUACCGCCUGAGAUGGCCAUUCCAGGCGCAGCAGAUAGCGGGCGUCCUCUAAGCAUUGAGGAGCUCUGCUUCACAUCAGCCAUGAGCUGUUUCGAGGGCUGGCUCAAACUAGAUCCGGCCAUCGGCCCCCGCACUAUGGCAUACGUCACUAAGUUCAUCUCGAAGACGCUGGAGAAGACACACAACUUAAAAGAUGUCAGGGAAACGCUAUCCAAGAGCGUCGAGGUCUGGAUCUGGCUCACCCGGGACUUCGCCGCCGCGAUUCCGAGUUUAACCACGCGGUCCAUCGGUCCCCUUGCUAGCCUCAAUGACCCGACAAGGAAUUAUCCAUCGCUAAAGGAGGACCUGCAGCUGCUCAUCAAGCUCAUGCAUAUCGCAAGGAAUCUGUUGGUCGUGCCCGAGCCCGAGAUCCCCCAGGACCUCUGUGCUGCCGCCCAGUUUGACCAGAUGCUCUACCAAACUAUUAUCCUCUGUAUCAACGUCACAAGUAAGGCUUAUGAUGGCGACGUUCUCGAGGAGGCUGCAAGGCUAAAAUUGAAUAAGAAGCUGCUUGUUACAUGUUUGCAGCAAGCUCAUAACUGGAUCGCCAAGAACGACCGCAACAAAAUGGCCUUUUGGUCCACCGUUCUAUUCGACGACGAUGCCCUCUCUGACGAAUCCGACGGCAACGUCUACGGAGAGUUCCGCCCCGAUAUGGCCAAGACUGAAGUCCAAAACUGGUUCGAGCGGAACUCUCGCUUCUGCGACAAAGCCCGUCAGCUACUUACUGCUUACGAAGAGAACCUGGCAGCCAAGGGGCUGCCACCUGGCCACCUACCCUGCAUUUCUCCACUCGCUUGGAAUUGGCUCCCAGAAGGUACUGUACGGGUGCGCGCGGACGACUUCGACAACGUCACCAAGAUCACCCCUUUGUGGAAGGAAGACGAGCCGGACAAGUUCGAGCAAGACAAGGCCUACGGUCGGGUAUCAAGAGAAGUCGAUACGUGGUGGCUCAAGAUCCGAGACCCUAACUACGAUGGCUGGGUUGUUCCUAUGCCUACCGUUGAGUUUGCCCAGCAGAGGACCGAGAACUGCAAAGCCAACCUUGUCAACCGAUAUGCUCACUCGUAUCGUACCGCCGAGCACGAGGGGUCUGUCCACUCCGCCGAAGGUGCUCCGUUGCCAGAAGGCGCUGCGGACCAGGAAGGAAGAGAGGGUGGACAUUAUGUCCACGACUACAACGACGACAUGAUUGAGGAGGAAGAUAUCGAUGACGACGAUUCAUAUGGCGAGGGCCCGAUGAAUGGGUUGCUCACUGAAGUUCCUAACAUUCUUGAUCCUAAGCAGAUCGAGGCGCUCCACAUGAUCGUCAAGUCGUGCAUUCUCGAUAACGCCGGCUUAGUGCUGAGCAAAGCAGGCGAAAACCUCCAAAAGACCAGAUGCAGGAUGUUUAUGGCCAUGGAAUGCGGCAGGAGCCUACUCCGAGAAAUCUUGGUCUUUAUUGCUGUCUGGGAAAAGAGCGAACAGUCACUCAUCUUCCAGUUGACAACUCAGAUCGUCGAGGCGAUUCAUCACAGCGCAUUGGUUCCUUACGCCUGGCAAUCGUUACGCAUUCCCAAAGACAUCAUCUCUCCCGCCCAAACCGUUCUGCUGAGGCUCGUCAAUACCAUGUUUCGCGCCAGGAAUAACGACCCGCCGCCCGUCGAAUCGAAGGAGCAUAUCCGGGACGCCAAGCUGCUGCACUUUCUUUUCAUCCAGUUCCGCAGUCGGAUAGUGCCGGAGUGUGCGGCACUCAUGCACCUCCAGGCCCAGAUACGAAAUGACCUCUGCGACCCAGCCGACUUCCCCGUCGAUAGUUGGGACAUGGAGCGCGCCAAGGACGGCAUCCAACAGUUCCUCGAGCUCCUCACCACCGUCAACGAACUCCCGGAGACACGCCGUUACCUCAUCGAAUGGGAAGCCGCUUACGAGCUCCUAACUCUCCUGAAAGGCCUCGAAGCCGGGGUCCCCAAAAAGCCCAUGGUGGAAAUGCCCAACCGUUCCAACAACGCUCAACCAGCGCACAAGUACCCGUGGGCCGGAAUCAAGGGCCAGAUCCUGCACAUCCUCGCGGGCCUCCUACAACCCCCUCACGGGCGGAGCAGCCCGGGCAACCCCGAAGUCCAAUCCCAAAUCCUCCGCCACAACGGCGUCAUCAGCCUGCUCAACUGCUGCGUCUACGACGACCACAACCGAUACGCCCGCGAGCGCGUGCAGAUCUGCCUAAAAUGGCUCAUGGACGGCUCCGACGAGGCAAACAAAUACCUGCGGGAGCUCAUCGCCAUGUCACCACCACCCAACCUGCGGGCACCACCACAACAGCAACAACAAGCAACCCAAGCCCAGGGCAGCGGCAGCGGCAGCACCACAGCGGCACAACCGCAAACAGCAAGCCUCCGCAUCGACGGCAUCCCAGGCGAGGUCAAAGUCCGUCUGCGCGCCCCGGGCGAAACCGUCCCGCCCCAACCGCGCCCUCUCAUCCCCACCUCCUCAUCCGGCCCGGGCUCCGGCGCCGGACGCGCCCUCCCGCCACCAUUUGGCCAACGCCACCGCCACGGCUGCCGUCGACGACCAUGGCUACGGCUACGGCCAGACGCACAGGGUGGUGGUGGUGGUGGUGAGGCUGGCGAGGGGGGAGCGAGGGCGGGGUCGUCGAUGCCGCCGCCGCACAGGAGCCGGCCGGAAGAGCUGCUGAGGGAUAUCAUCACGCUUGCGGACGAGGCGGCACGGUUGGCGAUGGGUAGGCCGUUGGAGGGGGAUGAGACGGAGGAGGAAGGGGAGGAGGGGGAGGAGGAAGGGGGGAGGAUGGGGAUGAUGAGGAGGGGGAUGAGGAGGGGGAGGGGGAGGGGGGGGGAUGAUUUCAUGUAA